CGCGGCGGCGCGGUGACGCAGGGGGCGGGGUGGCGGUACUUGGCGCGCAGAGCGGCGGCCGCUGUCAGAGCACAACGGCGGGCGGGCGGGCCGGACGCGCCAGCAGGAGCUUGUGAGCGGCUACAGGACAAAAAUGUUUCACUUAAGGACUUGUGCUGCUAAAUUGAGGCCGUUGACGGCCUCACAGACUGUUAAGACAAUUUCUCAACACAAGCCGGCAGCACCACGGACGUUUCAACAAAUCAGGUGCUACAGUGCACCUGUUGCUGCUGAGCCAUUUUUGAGUGGGACUAGUUCGAACUAUGUGGAGGAAAUGUACUAUGCUUGGCUGGAAAAUCCCAAAAGUGUACAUAAGUCAUGGGACAUAUUCUUUCGCAAUGCCAAUGCUGGAGCUGCUCCAGGUACUGCUUACCAAAGCCCCCCUCCACUGAGCACCAGCCUGUCUGCACUGACGCAAGCACAGUCCCUGGUUCAAGCACAGCCAAAUGUAGAUAAACUAGUGGACGACCAUCUUGCAGUGCAAUCUCUUAUCAGGGCAUAUCAGAUUCGAGGGCAUCAUGUAGCACAGCUCGACCCACUGGGAAUCUUGGAUGCAGAUCUGGACUCGUGCGUUCCAGCUGAUAUUAUCACAUCCUCAGACAAACUGGAUCUUGCAGUGUUCAAGGAGCGGCUGAGAUUGCUAACAGUAGGAGGGUUUUAUGGACUGGAUGAAUCGGAUCUCGACAAGGUCUUCCACUUGCCCACGACCACUUUCAUUGGAGGCAAUGAGUCGGCUCUUCCACUCCGCGAGAUCAUCCGCCGCCUGGAGAUGGCUUACUGCCAGCACGUUGGCGUGGAGUUCAUGUUUAUCAAUGACCUGGAGCAAUGUCAGUGGAUACGGCGGAAAUUUGAGACUCCAGGUAUCAUGCAGUUCACCACUGAUGAGAAACGCACCCUACUGGCAAGGCUGGUGCGCUCAACAAGGUUUGAGGAGUUCCUCCAUCGGAAAUGGUCUUCGGAGAAGCGUUUUGGCUUGGAAGGUUGCGAGGUGCUUAUCCCAGCCUUAAAGACUAUCAUUGACAAGUCAAGUGAGAAUGGAGUCGAUUAUGUUAUCAUGGGGAUGCCACACAGAGGGCGUCUGAAUGUUCUCGCCAACGUGAUCAGGAAGGAGUUGGAGCAGAUCUUCUGUCAGUUCGAUUCCAAGCUGGAGGCUGCUGAUGAGGGCUCGGGAGACGUGAAGUACCACUUGGGAAUGUACCACCGGAGGAUUAACCGCGUCACUGAGAGGAACAUCACCCUCUCCUUGGUGGCAAACCCAUCUCACUUGGAGGCUGCAGAUCCAGUGGUUAUGGGCAAGACGAAGGCAGAGCAGUUUUAUUGUGGGGACACUAAAGGAAAGAAGGUGAUGUCCAUUCUCUUGCACGGAGAUGCAGCUUUUGCCGGGCAGGGUAUAGUGUAUGAGACGUUCCAUUUGAGCGACUUGCCAUCCUACACUACGCAUGGGACAGUUCACGUGGUUGUGAACAACCAGAUCGGAUUCACUACAGACCCUCGUAUGGCCCGUUCCUCUCCGUACCCAACCGACGUUGCCCGGGUGGUGAAUGCACCUAUUUUCCAUGUCAAUGCGGAUGACCCAGAGGCAGUGGUGUAUGUGUGCAAUGUAGCAGCAGAAUGGAGAAGCACUUUCCACAAGGAUGUGGUGGUUGACUUGGUGUGUUACAGGCGGAAUGGUCAUAAUGAGAUGGACGAACCCAUGUUCACCCAGCCGUUGAUGUACAAGCAGAUCCGGAAGCAGAAACCUGUGCUGCAAAAAUACGCCGAGAUGUUAAUUUCAGAGGGGGUGGUAAAUCAGCCGGAGUACGAGGAGGAAAUUUCCAAGUAUGAUAGGAUCUGUGAAGAGGCCCAUGCCAGAUCCAAGGAUGAAAAAAUCCUGCACAUCAAGCACUGGCUGGAUUCCCCCUGGCCUGGUUUCUUCACUCUUGAGGGCCAGCCCCGGAGCAUGACCUGUCCCUCUACUGGUCUGAAUGAAGAAGACUUGGCCCAUAUAGGCAAGGUGGCCAGCUCAGUGCCUGUUGAGGAUUUCACAAUUCAUGGAGGUUUGAGCCGGAUUCUGAAAACCCGCUGGGAAUUGGUUAAGAACAGGACAGUAGACUGGGCAUUAGCAGAGUACAUGGCAUUUGGCUCCCUCCUCAAAGAGGGAAUCCACAUCCGACUGAGUGGCCAGGAUGUCGAGAGGGGGACAUUCAGCCAUCGUCACCAUGUCCUGCAUGACCAGAAUGUAGACAAGAGGACCUGCAUCCCCAUGAACCACCUCUGGCCAAACCAAGCUCCUUACACUGUCUGCAACAGCUCCCUGUCGGAGUAUGGAGUCCUAGGUUUCGAGCUGGGCUUUGCUAUGGCCAGUCCCAAUGCCUUAGUGCUGUGGGAGGCCCAGUUCGGUGACUUCCACAACACUGCUCAAUGCAUCAUUGACCAGUUCAUCUGCCCCGGCCAGGCCAAGUGGGUGAGACAGAAUGGCAUCGUGCUGCUGCUGCCCCAUGGCAUGGAGGGCAUGGGUCCCGAGCACUCGUCAGCCAGGCCAGAGCGAUUCCUGCAGAUGUGCAACGACGAUCCAGAUGUCUUCCCCAAACUCGAUGACUUUGAUGUACGCCAGCUGUACGACUGUAACUGGAUCGUUGUGAACUGCUCCACUCCAGCAAACUUCUUCCACGUCCUGCGGAGGCAGAUACACCUCCCGUUCCGGAAACCGCUGAUCAUCUUCACUCCAAAGUCACUGCUGCGCCACCCUGAAGCCCGCUCCAGCUUUGAUGAUAUGUUGCCAGGCACUAACUUCCUGCGCGUAAUCCCUGAGAGCGGCCCUGCAGCCCAGAACCCCGACCACGUCAAGAGGGUGCUCUUCUGCACUGGCAAAGUGUAUUACGAGCUCACCCGGGAGCGCAAGGCCCGGGACAUGGAGCCAGACGUGGCCAUCACCAGGGUGGAGCAGCUGUCCCCGUUCCCCUUCGACCUCCUCCAGAGGGAAGCGCUGAAGUACCCCAACGCCGAGCUGGCCUGGUGCCAGGAGGAGCACAAGAACCAGGGCUACUACGACUACGUGAAACCCCGGCUCCGCACGACUAUCGACCGUGCCAAACCCGUGUGGUACGCCGGCCGCGACCCAGCUGCUGCACCAGCCACUGGCAACAAGAAGACCCACCUGACUGAGCUCCAUCGCUUCCUGGACAUCGCCUUCAACCUGGAUGCCUACAAGGGCUUCUCCUAGACCCCACGUGGCUGCUGCAGCACGCUCUGUCUGUCUCUUGCUCACCUCCUGUGUCCGUCCUUAACUACAGACCUUGUAAACUAAA